AGGGAUCACUGUGCUAUACUGCUAUGUUAUGCAAUGCUAUGCUAUACUGAACUAUGCGACACAGAAUUAUAGAGAUGACAGAAUGAUGAUGAUGAUGAUGAUGUUUUCGAGCAGCUUUCUUUCCCACAAAUGUUGUUGUCAGUCAUUAGAAGCACGCGCCCCCUUUUACAUCUGGAUUUGUCCGCCUGCCUGGCUAGCUUCUCCGGGCCCGCCCCCCUCUAUUACCCGCCUCCCUCCUUCCCAUCAGCCCCCCACUCCCUCCAUCGACUCAUUGGUCUGCGGGCUCCUCUUUACGGCUGUCGCCCUCGACCCCUCUCGUGGCCCUCCUCGUCUUCUUCUCCACCUUGUGCUUUAUCUCCCUCCUUCCCGGACUCAUGUCGCCCUGGGCGUGCGGAUGACUCUGGUCCAGCAGCGAACUAGUUAACGAGCGGCGGCGGAUGAGCCCGCUCCCGCUCUCCGACAGUCAGCGCACCGCCACAGUACGAAGAUGGCGUCGGAAGGAACCAGCGGAGAGCAGCCUCCUCCCCCGGUACAGCAAGCCUUGACCGCCGCCGUGCUGGGAAGCGUCGACACGAAAUGCAACUUCAACAUGGAUAACCUGAGCAAGCCGGAGCUGUUGACCCUGCUGAGCAUCAUGGAGGGCGAGCUGGAGGCCCGCGACCUGGUCAUCGAGGCCCUCAGGGCUCAAAGGAAAGAAGUGUUCCUGCAAGAGCGCUACAGCCGCUACAGCCUCACCGACCCCUUCCUGGCGCUGCAGCGGGACUUUGACUGCAGCGUCCCACGAGGAGACAAGGAGCGGCGGCCGCUGGGCUCCAACCCCAUGUCCGUCCUGGAGGCCGUCAUGGCGCACUGUAGGAAGAUGCAGGAGCGCAUGUCUGCGCAGUUGGCCGCUGCCGAGAGCCGCCAGAAGAGGCUGGAGAUGGAGAAGCUACAGCUGCAGAGCCUGGAGAAGGAACAUCGCAAGCUGACGGCGCAGCUGAAGGACGAGCGCGAGAAGAACAAGCACAUCGUCAUGAUGCUGGUGCGCGAGUGCAAGCAACUGGCCACACGCGUGGUGGAGGAGUCGCAGCGCUUCGACGAGCUCCAGGCCCGACUGGACGAGGAGGGCCUGGCCUCCGGGCGCCUGCGGGAGGAGCUGAGCGCCGAGCGGCAGCGCGGCCAGCAGAUGGAGGCCAAGAUGGAGAAGCAGCUGUCUGAGUUGGACACUGAGCGUGAGCAGCUGCGGGCCAGGCUGGGCCGCGAGGAGGCAGAGAGCCAGAACCUACGGCAGCAGGUGGAGCAGCUCAGAACUGAACGCGGGGGUGCCAAGGACGGGGCCCAACCUGCCGUCCCCGCCUGCUCGCCGCCUAAAGCUUCAGUUUCCGUGGCCACGGAUCUCAUCAGCUGUCAAACAGCUUCCUGCCAAACGGACCAGCCCCUCCCUGAGGUGGAGGGUCCCAAGAAGACUCCCCUUACCAUAGCCGCCAAACCAACCACGGGCCCUUACGCCGCUCUCAGCCUGCCAAAAAGCACCGCUCGGGGAAUCGUCCACAGCGGCUCGGCAGGCCCGGCGCAGAGCGAGAACGGCUCUGAGGCCCAAGCUCCCCCCCACGGCCUACCCACUGGGGUCAGCCCCCGCGUCCAGGCGGCCCGCUACAAGUUCCAGGAACAGGACCAAAAUGGCACGGCCUCCCAGAGUCCCCCGGCCCGGGACCCUUCCCCCAACAACCGGGACAACUUUGCUGCCAAGCAACAAGCGCGCCACACGGUCACCCAGGUCCUGUCGCGCUUCACCAGCCCUCCAGCAGGGGGGCUGCGACCCAGCCUGCCGCACUCGGCCUCGGAAGGAGGGCCCUUCCCCAGCCGCCUCAGCCACCCCAUUGGCCUUAAGUCCCCCACUGUGGCCAGAAUCGACCGGGGAAACCCUCCUCCCAUCCCUCCCAAAAAACCCGGGCUCUCCCAGACCCCCUCGCCCCCUCAUCCGCCCAUGAAAGUAGUGGGGGACAGCGGACGCUCUCAUGGGGUGGGGCUCAAAUCAGCUACACCCCAGCUGCCGCCCAAACCCACCCUGGACCUGGUACCAGCCCUGACGGCCUCUCAGGUGGGUACACAGCCCCUCAAUCGCUCCCCGGGGCCCGACCAGUUUGCAGAAAGCCGCCCUGUCGUCGUCACCCCUUCCAUCCCCUCCAUCAACCCCCUUCCCUCCUCCCUCUCCAUUAGUGCUCCAUCCAACUGUAGUCCCCGUGCCCCCGCAGACAGCCCCCUGGCAACAGCAUCAGGCUGGUGUCCCUCCGUAGUCUCCCCUCUCGGCAGCUGUGGGCCCGCUGCCCUGGACGGCGGGCGGCCGCUGCUCCUCCUCCAAGCUGCUUCCCAGGGAAAUGUCACUUUAUUGUCAAUGCUGCUUCACCACGCCCACCCGAUCACGCCCGACCACGCCCACCUCACCACUGCCACGGACAACCAGCCUACCCGCCACCCACCACAAGACCUCCACAACUUGACUGCUGCCUUGUUUGCUGCUGCUGACCACGGACACACAGAGUGCGUGAAGCUGCUGCUGUCUUCCGGCUCGCCUGCUGAUGUGUCCGACCAAAACCGAUUUACACCUUUGCACUUUGCUGCCUCCCACGGCCACAGUAGCUGUGUGGAGGCUCUGCUGGCUGCGGGCGCCGCUGUGGACGCGGCCGCCGACGGUGGCCAGACCGCCCUCUUCCUGGCCAGCGGGGCGGGCAGGAAACACUGUGUCCACAUCCUGCUGAGCGCCGGCGCAGAUCGCUCCCGAAUGGCCACGGACGGCUGCACGUGUCUGCACGCGGCGGUGCAAUCAGGUCACGUGGACACGCUGCGUCUGCUCCUCUGUCACCCCGGAGACCCCGCUGCGAGCCCCCGAACCAAUGGAGCCGCUGCUCUGCCCGCUGCCCUGCCCGCUGCCCUGCUGAACCACGCCAACGCGGACGGAUGGACGGCUGCUCACAUGGCGGCCGCUCUCGGCCUGAAGGAGUGUCUGGAGGUUCUGUGUAGCCACCGUGAGCAGGACAUCGCGAGAAAAGAUAAAUGUAGUCGUACCAUCCAUGACGUUGCCACGGAUGACUGCAAAGAUCUCCUCGAAAAUCUCAAUCAGUACCGCGUCCUGGUGCUUCUCCAGUAUUCAGCCACUUCCAUGCAUGAUGAUGAUGAUGAUGAUGAUGUUGAGGAGCGGGCAGGUGAGCUUCAGUCAGUGCUGUGCAGACUGUCAGUGGAGCGCUCCAUGCGCUGGUCUCAGCUGAGUGCCUCCAUUGGCCACGCCUUCAUCACACAUUUGCAUAUGCUGUGUGGCGAGGACGCACAGCGCCCCCCGCUGGGCCUCACACCCGCCAGCAUCACCUCUGUCCUAAUUGGAGAAAGUGAGUGGCGGCCUGAUCAGGAACUUUCUGUCUCACCUUGGGAUCUCGUGCGAAAACCUCUUAGCCAGGUCAUCACCGUCCGACUGAAAGGUCUCUCUGAGUCGUGUCUUGAUGAAUUGGCACUGGAGUCUCUCUUUCCACUGCCUGUGCUGCUCAACUACGUUCGCUUGGCGGAGCAAUACGGGAGUGUCAUCUUUCACGGCCUGGAGGACAGCUGUCAGGAUUACAUCGCCGCUCUGCUGGCUCGCUGCAUCAAGUCUAAGCAGGAGGCGGGUGGUCAGGCGUGUGAGGUGGUGAAGGUAGAGGUGCAGCCAAGUCUGACUAAGGAGCAACUGCUGGACAUCCUCGUCUCCCGCGGCUUCCUGCUGCCGGCGUCGGCGCGCGAUCACGGCGUCUGCUUGGUGCUGCUGCUGCAGGGUCUGGAGAAGGCGGCAUCCCUGCCGGCUCUGCUCGGAGAUCUGUGCCACAGCUUGGACAACAGGACGUCCAGUGUCCCCUUGCUGCUCAACGCUGGUCCACAUCACUUCUGCCAGCACAGCUUCCUGAUUGGUUCCCUGUCAAAGCCCCGCCUCCAAGGCUCAGAGCUCCGCCUGCAGCAGCACUUCCGCUGGCUGCGCCUGCGCUGGGACCAGGAGCCUCUGCACGGCCUGCUGGCCAGACGCCUGCGCAGGAAGCUGCUGCACCAGACAGGAAAUGUGGUGUGGUCCAGUGACGGCGUCAUGGAGAAGGCCGUGCUGUGGGUGGCUCAAGUCUGGCAGCAGCUCAAUGCCUGCUUGGCACAUCUAGGAACCCACGAGGCCUUGAUGGGACCCAGACACUUCCUGGCCUGCCCUGUCCACACCAACGACGCGCACGGCAUUGUCAGGUGGUUGUCUAGGCUGUGGAGCUCGGUGGUGGUUCCUCGCGUAGAGACGGCGAUCAUCUCCCGGUUAACGGCCAGGCGCUCCUCCUCAUCCCCCUCCUCGUUGCCCAGCAACAUCGUUCUGAGCGACGGCCAGCAGGCGGUGCUGAAGGCCGCCCUCAGCAUCCUGGUCAACAAGGCCGUCCUGCGGGGAUGCCCCCUCCCUCGCCACGAGGUUGCAUUCAGGGGCGGAGCCAUCCCUCUGACCGCCAUCAACUCCUUGAAAGGAAGUGGCGGCGGCGGCGGCGGCAGGAAGUGUCGAGACAAGCUGCGACGAUCCAAUACCAGCCCUCGAAAGAGAGCAAGUCCCGUCUCCGGCUGGGCCGGCGGCUCUUUUAGACACGGCUCAGUAUCCUCCACUGAUGUUAGCUGCCCCACAAAUGGCAAAAUCCACAGGGAGGCGUCCGGUUUGUCUUUGUUCUCGGACGAUGAGACUGACCUGAUCCAAGAACUGCAGUCGUUGUGCUCCAGUAAGUCAGAACCGGACAUCAGACAGAUGUGGGCAUCCAAAGACGAUGACACCCUCCUGUUUGCACCCGCCAGAGCUCCGCCCUCUACAACAGAGCAGAAAGUAGCCCAAGACCAGUCAGCUCAGUCGUCGCUGCUCACGCAUGCGGUUGUCCAGAGCAGUCAAUGCCGCUCGAGCCCUCGAAUCAAAUCCCAUCUGCCCGUGCCCAGCAGGGGGCAGCAGCAGUCGCCUCGCAUCGCCGCGGGCAACAACAACAACAACAACAGCAGCAGCAAAGCAAACGGCAGCAGCAAUGUCAAGAAAUCAUCACAGGAGCACAUCUGGCUCCUACAACAACACAAUCACAAAUGAACACACACACACGUACACACAGCCUCACCCUUCAACAGAAGGGCCAAUCACACAAAUUAAUAUAUGAAGAAAACAAUCAUAAGAGGACAGCUAGUUCCACCAUAGGGGAAAUGAUAGUGUCAUACUUUAAAAACCUUAAGAGUAACAUGAAAACAAAUAUGAAUAAAUGUCAGAAAUAUUAGGAAAAUAUUAUAAAUAUCGUAUAUAAAAAAAAAUAUAUAUAUUAGGAAAUAUCUCAUGGUAGCCUGGUACACACAUUAACAUGACGUCUGGGAAAUGAGCCACUUUUAUCUUCAACAAAUUAUUUUUGCAUGCAACACUAAAACGUCUGAUAUUUUCAAAAAGGCAAGACUUUAUUUAAACGACAAAAUUAUACUGCCCGUUCAGCUGUUAUUUUCUGAAAAUAAUUAAUUACACUAGGUAGCGAUUUGCUAGAAAAUAUAAGAAUAUGAGAAAUAAUUGUUCUUAGAAAUAUCUUAACAUGACAACCCGCCACUAACCCAAAAAAAAAAAUAUUUAGAACAUUCUCAAAAAAAAACUUUGUGUGUACCAGGCUAAAAUGAACACAAUGUUUGAAAAUGUUUUUAGUCACGAGAAACAAAAAUCUCAUAGAUUGGUAUUCAAUAAAAGCAAGAGAGUAGGUUCUUCAAAUGUGUAUCUGACGAUAUCUACAGUAAGUGGUGUAUCAGUAUUACUGUAUAUGACGGUGUGCACACGCUCCCCUCCCUCCCUCCUCCCUCUUAGCAGACCACGUUUGAACUGUUUGUACUUGUCACACUUUGUUGUGUGUACUUUGGGGACCACACUUUUGUUCUAGAAGCAAUUAUUGGGUUGUCGGUCGCUCUGCGUCAUCGGCUGUUUUUUUUCCCUUUUGACUCUUUUUGUGUUUGCUCUGUGGCUUGGACAUGAAUCAGGGUUUUUCGUGUAUAUAAGAGUUUUAGCGUUAGCACGUCGUCACAAUGACGUUUAUACAGUAAACUUUAAAGAAAAGUGUUUGUAAAGUUUGAAAGUGAGUACUAGACGUGUACUGUAAGCCAUACUACUACUACUACUACAAGCUUUCUUUUCUCAUCAAUCACUGUGUAUGCGUUUAUUCUCAACCAAUAUUUCUUUGAUGUUUAUAAAUCUAUGGAGAAAUAUAUAAUUAUAUACAUGUAUGUAUACAUAUGUACAGGAGAGACGUUAGUCAAAGGUGUACAAUGGCUGUUUGCGGUUUUUAAAAAAAAGUACCACAAAAAAUAUUAAAAUAUUUAAAAAUU